AUGAAUUAUUGUAAGCAUCUUUUUACGCGAAAAAAACUUUUUCGAUAUCUAUCUUAUCUUAUUGGAAUUAUAAUAUUAAUAUCAUGUAGUUAUAAUCUAGGUAAACAAAUUCGUGAAAUUCCAUUACAUGUUCAACAAUCGGUAUCUACAAAUCUAAUAAGUAAUGGUGAAAUAUCAAGUCUUUCAUUACCAAUUGUAUCAAUCUAUCGUAAUAGAUCUAUUGAUGAUAAAUGUGCAAGUAUGAAAAGACCAUCUCGUCAAAGUCUUUCAAAUAUUAUUCGUAAUGAUAAAAUGUUAAAUUAUCUCGGUUAUGUUCUUCGAUCACAUUCAUUAUUUUAUUGUUCAGUUCCAAAAGUAGCAACACGAACUUUAUUAACAUUUAUGACUUAUCUUCAUAUACGUGAUGAUCUAAUACCAUUAAUAACAAAUUAUUCUUCAUCAAAUAUAUUCAAUUUUAAUACAAAUUCAAAUUUUAAAAAGUCUUCCGAUAUGAUUAAUGCCGAUUAUUUUAAGCGAAUACUUUAUCAAUCAACUAAUAAUAUUUCUUAUAAAUCGAUAAAUGAUCCAUCAAUUCUUCUUAAUUCAUUUUUAUCAUAUAUAAUGGUAAUAAAUAAACCCAAUUUAUCAACAAUUGAUUUAUGGUCAAUGUAUCAAAAUAAAGCUCUUCCUUUAAUUCGUCUUCGUACAUUAGCUAAUCCAUCAAUAAUCUUUUCAUCCAAAUUUACUCGUGUGAUGUUUGUUCGUCAUCCACUUGAACGUUUAGCAUCAGCAUAUACGGAUAAAAUAACUCCACUUACAAAUCCUCCAUUUUCAUUAUAUGAUAGUCUUCGUCGAACAAUUUGUCGAAAAUAUGCUCAAUUUUAUUUAACAGAUGAUCAACGAAUGGCUUAUCGAAAGACAAAAGGUUUAUCAAAAUUAAAAAGUGAACCUUGUCAAAAAAUAAUUCCAACAUUUGAACAUUUUAUUGAAUAUCUUAUGUCUAGUUCAACAUUUAGUGAUGUUCAUUGGCAACCUUAUUCGAAAUUAUGUCAAGUUUGUUUAUUUAAAUAUAAUUUUAUUGGAAAAUAUGAAACAAUGGAAGAAGAUCUUAUGAAAUUAAUCGAACAACUUGGAUUAAAUAGAAAUGAUUGGAAUCAAAAAAGUUAUUUUAAAACGGGAAAAACAAAAGAAAAUUAUAAAUCUUUAUAUUCAAAUUUAACUAAUCAAACAAUUUGUAAAUUAAAAUAUAUUUAUAAAGAUGAUUUUAAAUUAUUUGAUUAUAAAGUAGAAGAUUAUUUAACAAGUCGAAAAAAUAUUCAAUGUUCACUAAGUUAUAAACAAAAACUUAGUAAAAAACGUCCAAAUAAAGAAAAUUAA